AUGUCUUCGGAAAGGACGCCAGGCUUUCAUGACCAAAACGACCAAUUCUGUCCCCCUCGAGCUUCUUCAGAGGAUACAGUCGAUGCCACAACCGAUUCUCGCUAUGAAAAUGAGGGCAGUCGUGAUGAACACAUUUCGACCAACAGCAUCCGUUCGAGCGAGCACCAGGAGGUGUUUGUUUUAAAGCGCAAGCGACCCGGGCCAAACGGGUCGGACCGGUCAUGCUCUCCGCGUGCCCAACGUCGACGAGUGAACGGCAUCUCGGGCCCAUCACUGUCCUCGCAGCCCCGACCUCUCAGUACCGAGGUGACCGAAGGCUUCAUGUCGAUUACUACGCAUCCGAGCCCCAACGCGAACAGCUCCAGGUCUUUACUAGAUGACAACAGUAAAGAAAGUCAAAUCAAUGACGGCGAAUUGCAACCUCACUCCCUGAGGCCUGUGGCGGCCUGCCCCCGUCGCAGCUAUAGUAUAGCGGCGAUCCUCAACGAUGAAUCAAGAGGUGGGAAUACAGAACGACACGACCGGUCCCCAGACCAAAGAGAUCACUCACCCAAUGAGGAUGGCAAUCAUCUUGGACGUGGUCUUAGAGGCGGCCAAGUUGAAGACGCCUCUGGAGAGCCCCAAGCCAACGAUAACUUGGAGUUUCUGCCAACGUCUAUCUCUACACGCCAACAUCCUUCACCAUACUUAACUUCGGGCCCUAUGAGCCACCCAGCGCAGUCUAACCAAGGAUUCCACAGGCCCGAUCACGGCCCUGCUCUAUUGGCUGCGUCAGACGAUCCUCCAUGCUUUACUCUCUCUAGCGUCGUGGCGAUUCCUCGGGAUAAGCGGACGACGGUUGCCUGCAACCGUUGUCGUAGGAGGAAGAUUCGUUGUGAAGGGCUUCAGUCUGGGAGCGAAGAGGCAUGUAAGAGGUGCAGGAAAGCGAACAUCGAGUGUAUCUUUGAACCGGCGUCCUCCAACAGCUUGAUAGCCAUUACCCUUCAUCCUUCCAAGUCUGCUGGAGAACCGCUUGGAAGAACUAUGUACUGGCCAAGUGCGCAGCCGCUUCCGUUCAGCUCGAAGGUUCUUCGUCAAGAUGCUCAACAGCCGCAUUCCUUGCGCAACGGGCCAUCCUUGACUCCUGUAAUCCCAUACCCGCCGGCCCCUGAUCGACCACUUGGCGAUUCGAUGCGCCGAUCCCAAGAGUCCGACGAGGGAAGCAGAGGCUCUUCGCCAUCACCGGGAUCAACUGCUGCCGCGCGACACCUCCGUGAAGUCCAUGGAGAGGGUGGGUUUGCUAGGAGUCGGUACAUCUGUUCAGAGCCUGGAUGCUCUCGCAGCCAACAAGACAACGGGUUUCCACGGCUUGAGCAAGCCCGACAACAUUACCGGAACAACCAUUCUUCUGAAUCGCUCCCAAAACGCGAAAAUGACGCAGGGCGGUACAAGAGCGGUGGAACCCGACCGGCGGCAGGGAAGAUUGCAAGCCAGGACCAGUGUUAA